AUGGCGCGAGGCACGGCGUCGCGGGUGCAGCAGGCAUCGAGGGAGGUGCGACCGCCGACGACGACGCUGCAGCUGGGCGUGGGCAUGGUGGUGGUGGCCGUGCUCGCCAAGCUCGCCAUGCUCUAUGACGAGUCGAAGGAGACAGGGAGAGUAGCACGGCGGGCGAGGCGAUUUGCAGAGGAGCAGGAAGAGCUGGAGGCGCUGAGUCGCGAGGAGUGGGAUGCGGUGAAAGCGGCGCGGCCUCAGACGCCCUAUGAGAGCGCAUUGACUCGCUCAGGGGCACGCAUCCGCACGGGAUCAUGGCCGUCCAUGGGCGAAGCAUACAGCUGGGCAAGUGUUGUGUUGACAGAUGCAAUGAAGCGAGUAGAAAGCAGAGACAAGUCGAGAUAA